AGUAGCGUGAGGAAAGGGGUACAUGCAGUAACAAAAGUGCAGCAUCAAGCAAACAUAUUCACAAAACAGUAAGUGAUCUAAUGCUAAGUCGUUGAAACACCUGUGGAGUGAUUAUCGCUUGUACCGUUGCUUAUUAUAUGACAAAUAAAAGGCGUUAAUGCAGAAUGCGAGGGCUGAUAUUCUUGUACCUUCUCUCAACAUACUACUUCUACGUUCCGUCUAAAGGAAUCAUAGAAUGGAUGACAACUGGAGUACGUGGCUCACUUUUUUGUAAAAAAAAACCAGUCAGUAAUGCACAAAUCACAAUCUUCGAUAAUACACCUUCUGGUCGUCAACGUGUUUCUAAGCCCACCCACCCGUACAGAGAGGGAUCAUUUCAAAUCGGAGGCGCUGCUGAAACGUUAUCCAAACCUUUCCUCAUGAUCGAACAUCGGUGCAAUCGAAAGAAAGUUCCCAUUAUAUCCUGCAUAGAUAUCCCAUCACAUAAAGUAAACAGAGGCGAAGUAAGUUUCUGGGAGCAGUCAUUUGAGCUCUCGAAGAAGCAUGAAAGACAAAGAAAGUGUUGAGGCACACGUGAUAAAUAAAGACUUCCGCAUUUGGCACAA